AUGCUCACUCUCGAAGCCUUUGAAAAUUGGGCCAUUGGUGAAAAAGACCACAAAGGAGAAAUCAUCACGGAGCAACGCAAGAAUGCUGCUCACAAAGAUUCAAUUGAAAAACAUCCCAAAGAUCCUAUCUUGAUCACUCGUAAGAUGGUGAUGGGCCUUUUCAGGAUGACGCCAAUAGAGUUUGAAAAGAAGUAUUUCCCAGUCAUAUAUGCAGCAAGAACGCAAGUCCAAAGACUGGAGAAUGCUCCAAAGUCCACAAUUGACAAAUCGCAAAUCAUUCGAUAUAACCCGACUUCGCCUCCGCCUUCAUAUGCAUAUAAAUUGCCUGACACUCCGCCUGCUACCGAACCCAGCUUCACGGCCGAACUAGAAGCUGCUCCCGUGAAAGCGAAAUCCGUUCUCUUACCUCCUCCUACUAAGUCCGUUACCAAGAUCUCCCACAUUACUCGACUGAUAUAUGUCCUAGGAGGCUUCAGGGACGAAACGAAAUUCGACGGCGAGCUCCGGGAAUACAAAGAGGUGUGUCUCAAGACGAAAGGCGAUCUGGCUUAUGCCUUGUAUCUACGCGGUCGGUUCUCCGAAGAAGAGUAUACGAAAUUCUGUGCUGAGUAUCGGGAGGGCGAUAUUCCAAAAUAG